AAUCCCGGCUCUAUGUGCUGGGGCGACUGUACUGAUGGUCCGGCCGCCACAAUAUGGAUUUUAAUAUGCGUGAGAUGCACCCCAGUUCUUGCAGGCCCCAGCUGAUGUGAGAGGCUCAUGAUUGGUGUGCCGGGAUCAGGAACGCAGGAACGCAGAUUCUGGAAGCGAACGAACAGGCUCAAUUGGAGAUUAUAUGGAGGUGUGGAGGAAUGGUUCCUUACGGUACCGGAGCACUUCCCUUUGAACCCGGAGGGGCAGACACGUGAGGAAGCCGUGAGAAGACUAGUGCACCUUCCUUCGGCAUGUGUCAUCCCUCCUUCCCUAUUCUUCUACCAUCAGUAUACACAACAACACCCACAUGGCGUCAGCUUCCGAGACCUCCGAGCUCUUUCCACCGCAUCAGAUUGGUUACAGUGUGAAUCCUUUGUGACACUACUGCAGCGUAGCAGAAGCUGGGCGGAAGCAUCCGGCGCAUUGCCUACUUUUUUCCGUCUAUCGCGAAAGCCAAGGCUCACCCACAGGAUCUCGAGAUGUUACGUGCGAAUCACGGGCUUGGUACUCACUAUUUCUGAGCUCUUUACGGCAACAGCUGUAUAGCAUGCGCAGUAGUUUAGAGAGGCGAACAAAGGCAGUCGAAGAAUCUUCUAUAAACACUCAUGCGACUCAAGAAAGCACCACGGUAGUACGAUACCAUAUUGUAGUCUCUCGCCUAGAUUUCCAGACCAGAGGACACGAGCACGCAAGCUUUUUGCCGGGACUUGGGUUGGGACUGCCCGUAGCCACGAGCUCCGCACAAUUUCAGCAAGUGCAGUCUACCUGACCGACGGCUCUUACGCAGUACGAGUAUGCGAGACGAGUAUUUCAGCUUGCUACCUCGGGUGUUCGAAUCCUGCGCAG